UUUGCCUUUUGUCAUGAGCAUUUUUUUGUAUAAUGGAACAUAGACAACACAGAUUUGAGCACCGGUAGUAUAGUGUAAAACAAAAGUAAAUCAUUGCGUCUGUUUUCAAAACAAAUAUACCAAAUCAUUUGUCCAACAUAUCCGAUCACUGACAAAAAAUUCGUGAGCUGUACACUGGUAGUUGGUACAAAUGAGAAAUGUUUCGAGCAGACAAAUCUAACAAAUUCGACUUGGGUGAGCUGAAGAGAAAACUUAAACGUAUUGCUGAUGGUAGCAUCUUGUCUUAUCGCCGGAUAUUUCUGCUUCUACUGGGAGUAUGUGUGUUUUUCUAUAUUUUGCCACCGGUUUUUCGCUAUCUGUUCAUGCGUACACCAGAGAUAAAGGAUCCACAUAUGCAGUGCAUGGACGACCGUUUAACUCCAUUUUUCCUGCAAAACUAUGAGUUCGAUUCCAAUAUACGUCACGUGCCACCUAUAUCCGGAGAACGUAAUUUUAUACCUUAUAUUGGUAAUGGAUAUAUUGGUAUGGAGGUCGCACAUGAUUCCUCCUUGAAUAUAAAAUCGGGCCGAUCAAUGCAAUUGCCAAUGCAAUUCCAUCCAGUUGUCUCGGUAGCACAAAGAAACGAAGCUGGACGAGAAGCAACGGUAGUUGAGUACUUGUCUGGUACAGUGCACAGAUUUCAAUGCUUCUCAAAUUAUUUUGUCGCCUAUAAUUACUACGCACACCGUACACACCCGAGCAUCUUAAUGCAGGAAAUUAAAAUAACCAAUACCCGAAACAGCAUAGAGGAGGUGGAACUGAUUUUCCCCCGUAGUUACUUUCAGUCACCAACCUCACAUACAAUUAAAUUAGGUUCGUCAACUCAAUCGUCUGUACUGAAAGAUUUUGAUGUUACCACGGGAAGUAUUUUAGUAAAAGCGGACGAUCCCACUCGCGUCAUUGCAGUGAGUGUUGUCAAACCACAAAUGAGUCGCAUCGUUCAGCUGAAGAAACGUGGCGCUAUCACCAUAAUAUUUCCAAUCUCAGUACAUUAUUCACAACCUAUAACGCUUGACAAGUUAGAGGAAACCCAACAAGAUGUAGAAAAUAAAGCUGUACAAGCUAUGACAAAAGUUUUGCAGAAAUUACAAAACAAACCUGAUGCACAACCAAAUGCACAUACAUUUCGCCAAGAGCACGUUAACGUUUGGUCUGAUUUGUGGGCUACCGGUUUCAGUAUUAGUACAUCUAAAGCAGAGAACAGUUUAAAUGGUGAUCGCAUUAAUGCUUCCAUGUAUGCAGUUUUAUCCCAAACACGCAGUUAUGAAUAUGAAGAGUUUGCUUCAUUAAAAUCGCCUAGCAAACAGGAAAUUGCUAAGGCAUUAACAUAUGCCGAAGGUUGUUAUGAUUCGUACUAUACCUUGCAAGCAGAGAAUCUUUGGUUGACCGCUGACACUUUGGAAAAACUCAACAAUUUAGUAUCAUCAUGGAUGGUUACUUUAGAAAAGCAGGGUUGUCACAAUCUCAUUCGUGCUGGCGCUUCAGGAGUAAUACAAGCUAUGGUUUUAAGCUUUGGCAGUUUUCGUUUCAGCAAUCAACAUUUGGAGUGUAACAUGCAUCCCAAGUAUCUCCAUCGGGACUUUCUCUUUCGUCGCCUGAACUAUGGCAAUAAAACACAUCUUAAUGUAUCCAUCACAGUUACCGAAGAUAAUAAAGCGGUUAUUAAUGUGGCGCUUGAUCGCUCAGAUCGUAGUUAUUACGCUUGUGAUGGCGGGUGCUUGGAUGAACCAGUUUUACUAACUCAAAGCCGUCGCCAGUUCCCGGUCAAAUUAACCGAGCCUCUGACAGCAAUUUUAUAUAUUACAGAGGAUAAACAACACAUGGAAGAGCUUCAUAAGGCUAUACAUGUUAGAGAAGUAGUUGAAGCUCCUGCGCACGAACAGCACUUAAUCGCGCUUCAUAGGCAUGGCCAUCAAUUAGGUGGUUUGCCUACACUCUUCUGGGUAUCAGUGUGUGCAAUAAUUAUAGUAUUUCAUGCGUUCCUGUGUAAAUUAAUUAUUAAGGAAUAUUGCGAGCCAUCGGAAAAGUUGAGAUAUCGAUACAAUAAACCAUGACUAUGAAAAAUACAAGUAUGUUGUGUGUAUAUUUACGAUUGUAGUUAAAUUUAAGAUUAUUUGAGCUUAUGAUGAUAGCUAGAUCAAUGUUUUAAUUAUGAAUUGCUCGCUGCGCUUUGCAUUACUCUUAUGCAAAUACAUAUCUAUGUAUAUUUUUAUGUAUUGUAUAUUUUGUUUUGAUAAAAAGCAUGCGGAUGAAAUUUGAAACCUUAGAAAUUAUGUGUCUGAACUUAUACUAAUGAAAUAAAUAUAUUAUAAUCGUGCUACCUAGAUAUUUUAGUAUACUAGUUUUAAGGUGCAUGGUAUGUUCGUAAGGAAACGUUAGGAAAUGUAUAUGUUUGGGCAAAUAAUAUUAGAACAGUAUUCAUAUACGCAAAAUGAUGUAAUAAGUUCUUAGUCGGCAUUCAAAUUCUGUGUUUGUUGAGCGAGCAAGACAAUAAAAUUAAUAAUGGAUGUAGACAUGAAAAGUUUUAAUGAUUCAAUGAGAUAAGGUCGAAUCACGUCAUUUAUAGGCAUAAUAAAUUUGUAAAUUAAAUGAUUUAUCGCAAAAGUUUAGUUAGUAUAACUUCUUUUAUUAACAAAAUUUAUGUAUUAUAAAAAUCACAACAAUAUUUAAUAAAUAAAUAAUAAUAUUUACAUGUACAAAUGGCUAAUUCAAGAGUCAGCAUUGUCAAUUGAAAUGAACGGAAAUUGAUUAAAAUUCAUUUUGCAAUAAACCAAUAAAACUAUGAACGAAUUGUGGAAUAGUAUUAGCCUUUCGUAACGGCGUGAAUAGACUCUGCCACAUAUGUGACAUUCUUCGUAGACAAUCCAACUACUGCAAUACGUCCAUCCUUUGUCAGGUAGAUACUGAAUUCCUUAGUUAAGCGUUCCACCUGCUCCGGAUUUAGUCCUGUAUAGCAAAACAUACCAAUCUGAUUGGUAAUAUGCUCCCACGAGCGCUUAGAUCCGAGUGCCACUAAUUUUUCCAUCAAUUGAUUGCGCAUAUUUAUUGUACGAUUAGCCAUUGUCUGCAAGUCUUCCAACCACAUGCAAUAGAGCUCGUUAUCACCGAAAAUCUCCGUUGCAAUACGUGCACCAUAAACAGGUGGACUAGAAUACAUGGGUCGUAUGAUGGUUUUCACAUUAGAUGUCACACGCUCUGCCUCGUCCUUAGUGGAGCAAACGAUAGUAAGAGUGCCGACUCUUUCGCCAUAGAGUCCCAUGUUUUUGGCAAAACUUUGAGCCAAGCAAAAUUCAUGUCCUUCUGAGGCGAAAAUACGCACUGCUUCCGCAUCCUUAUCAAUAUCACCACUGGCAAAACCAAGAUAAGCCAUAUCGAAAAAGGGAUACAGGUUGCGCGAUUUCAUUAUACGUGAUAUUUCAAGCCAUUGCUCCUUUUUCGGAUCCACGCCAGUAGGGUUGUGGGCACAAGCAUGUAGCAGAACGAUAGAUUUUUCGGGACUUUUCUAAAUAUAAGCAUUGAAUUUAGCAAUUAAAAUGCAAGCUUCAAAAAGUCACUUACACACAACGAUUCAUAGAGGCCCUGCUCAUUGAGCCCUAGCGUUUUCGGGUCAUAGUAAUUAUAGGUGGCUACCUUGAGUCCAGAGUGCAUGAAAAUGGGUCUAUGGUUAGGCCACGUGGGAUUGGGCAAAUGUACUAGGCGUUCACCUUUCCAAAAGAGGCCUAAAAAUGCGGCACCUAUGCGUAAUGAACCAGUGCCACUCAAGCACUACGGGGAUAUUUAAAAAUUUUAAUAAGUACGAACAAAUACUAAGGCUGUAAUUCAGUUGAAUCAUGUGCAUAGUUUGUAGACACCUUAUCGAAGUACCUACCUGUGAUGUUGAGUUGCGCUUGUCUUUCAAUAUUUCCGAAUCUUUCCCAAGUGCCAGCUCUACUGACUUGUUGUAGAACUCUGCCAACCCAUUGAUAGGCGCAUAUUCAUGGUUCAUAUUUUUAGAAGCUAUACGCUUUUCAGCCUUAACGAAUGGGGUAUGUAAUCAAUUUAAACAAUAGAAAAUAACAGAAAUUCCACAAACCUCUCUAACACUGGGCAAUACCCAUGGUUUAUUACCGUCAUCGCGAUAAGCACCUACACCUAAGUUUACCUUCUUGGGAUUUUUAUCACUUAAAAAUGCCUCUGUAAGGCCGAGGAUGGCAUCUGGUGGUGCCAUCUUGACAUCUGCGAACCAAGAUCUGAAAAUAUGUAAUUGUGUAAUUCCUCAAAAACUUAAACAUACAUUCUUUUUGCUUUACUUAUGGCGUGGGUAAUCAAGGGAUAUUCUUGGAUAAAGAAAAACUAAGUUGGAGGUUUUGAGCAUCCCAGCACCUUUCUUAAACUGUAACAUUUCGCGGUACUCUCUUUAUUUUGCCAAAAUUUUUUGUGCUUAAAUAUUUUUGUUUCCAAGACUUAUGUACAUAUGUCAAACCAAAUUUUUCUUAUAAACUACUUUUUAUUCUGAAUGAUUGAAAUGAAUAGUGACUGAAUGCUUUUAUUAUUCGAAAUUCAACACUUUUUAACAAAACUAAAAUUCCCAGUACUUCAAAUAGAUGAAUACCAAAAUUCCUAACGCUUGCGAGUGUUGCAAAUGAAUUGUUUGAGGUCAAAUUUUCUUUCAACCACAAGCUUAACUUUCUUCAACUUAUGGCUUAAGUCCUUAGAACAAAACAGGGCUUAUUUGUAUAUUGUUGCAGUGAAAAGUUUUGAGAAAUUUUGCUGAAGUGACACUUCUUGAUCAAACAUAAAUUCGAAACGUUUUAAUAGCGUAGACUGGUUGUGCGUUUGCAAAUUUAUCUUUUAAUUCUGUCAAGUUAUAUGCAAGAACAUUUUUACGCUUUCCUCGUUGGGGCGAGAGACUCAACGCUCAAUUAAAUAUAAGGCUCUAUCCUACAAAUGUCCGUAAAUUGCUUUUUAAAAGGCAUCAAAUAACAGGCAACACAAAAUAAUACACAACUUUACUAAAUGUUUGAAGACCAUGUUU